CUGUAGGUAAAAGAUGGACGAGCUGGUCUUAUAUCUGCGUUCUCUGUAACCACCAGCAGGAGGCGACUUCAGCGAUUAUAAGAUACUUGUAUAGAAAUCUACUCGAAAAACAACCUUUCAGCACUUUUCCAGAUUUGUUUAUAACUUCUGAUCAUAGUUUCACAUCUUAUUGAACACAAACUGAUUUUUAUUUGGUCAGUUAUUACAGUCAGGAUGUUAAAGCAGGGUCUUUAUUAGCUGCUCUAGUUUCUAAAUAGCAAUAACUUAUACCAGCCAAUCAAUGGUCACUGUCGACCUCUGGCUUUUUAUUAGUGCUUUUCACAUGUGUGCAGCACAUCUUUAAGAUCAGUUUUUAAAGCCUUACAAUGAAACUAAAGCCCACAGGCUCAGAGUUUGCCAGAAAAAAAAAAAAUUGAAUGCUUCAUAAAGGUAUCACUUUCAGGCCGACUAAGAUUUAGGAACAUGAAGCUUAGGGUCAGGAAUUUUAGAAGAAACACGCCUUUAUCAGCCUAACCCAGAGCUCGCUGAGGUGCUGUAGUUUCAGAGUUGAAGCUCAUUCGGCCUCUGAGCUUACAGAGGCCAAAACAGAACAGGAGUACCUGUUAGAGCGUUAAACACCCCGAGGUGAAGGCGGCAGCCACUGGGCUACGUGGCAAAAGUGGCUUGGAAGAAUAGUUAGAAAGGGCCACCCUCUGGUUCUUUGCUCCUUUGUUACACUGAGUGACUGAUGUUGCCGUAACACUAACAGGCAGUCAGACUAGUUCCUGGUGAAGACAAUCAGUCGGUCCAGUUUCCCUUCACCUCAGCGGGCGUGGCAACCAGAUUAUAUGUGCUGCUGUAAUUUUGGGUCAAAGUCCUGCAGCCAGGACUUUGACCCACCUGCUUUCUUUACCCAAGGCUCACUUAGGCUCACUUAGCCGCCGCUGACCGCCACCUCCACCCGCACAGCCAUGGGCAGCGACAACUCGAGCAUCAAACGAGAGAGCAUCGUAGUGUGUGACCUGUCCGCCACCAUAGACCACUGCCCCACGGUCAUCGAGGAGAGCUUGUGUGGUCUUCAGUACAAGACGCCCUAUUUCAAAGCGUCUGCACGGAUUGUGAUGCCUCCAGUCCCGCGCAACGAGACCUGGGUGGUGGGCUGGAUCCAGGCGUGCACCCAUAAAGAAUAUUACAACACCUACGGAGACGUCGGCAUGUCCAGCUGGGAGCUGCCUCAGCUCCGUGAAGGCCUGGUCCAGGCCAUCAGUGACUCAGAUGGCGUGAGCUACCCUUGGUACGGAAACACAACAGAGACAGUCACCAUAGUCGGCCCCACGUCCAAGCCGUCACGCUUCAUCGUCAGCAUGAACGACAGUUUUUCCUCCCAUGUUACCUGGACUUUGUGGAUCAGCGGCUCUAACACGCCUUUACUGACGAACAUUAAAAGAGACCAGAGUUUCACCACCUGGCUUGUGGCGCUCAACACCACAUCCAGGGAAAAGAUCCUGCUCCACACCAUCAAGUGGAGGAUGAGGGUUGACAUCGCAGUGGACCCGUCCCUGCCUCUGGGUUCCAGGGCCAGGCUGGUGGGCCGGGUGCACCAGGACCAGCCGCGGGUGCUGACCCAAAUAGAGCCCAUCCCUCCUAACGCCAUGAGGGGGCCCAACGCCAACGAGGUCCAGGUUCUGAUGUGGAGGCCGAGGAGAGGCCCUCCGGUUGUUGUCAUACCGCCCAAGUAGAACACCACGUGCAUCUGAUUGGCCGUUUUUGGACAUCAUAUCAUAUCAGGCCAAUUCUGCUAACAGGAUAAUCAGAUGAGACGCAAAAGCAGACAAAAAUAAUAUUUAUAAGCAGGCUGAGAAUUGCAUUACAUGUUGAUGGCCUCAUCAGAGUUGCAGUGCUUUGAAUCUUGAGGGGACAACCGCCUUAAUUCCCCACCGCUGCCUUUGACGAUCAGAAAGUUUGUUAGUCCCUGCUUCUGGUGCCGUUGGGCCGUGCAGGCGUGCACUCCAGCCCUGCACAACAGAGGGAAGACUCGUCUGAAGUUUGAACAUCAGCGCUGGGAUGUAACUGAAACCUGUGCUGUAGCUACUCAGGCCCUGGAAGAAGUGACGGAGCUUAAAUACAAUUGACAAAGGUUUUCGCGGCCUUAAAGACGGCACACUCGUGGCCUGCUCUGUUCUGUACGCUAAAGUGCUGUGUAAGAGUUUAACCCAGGAAAGUUGUUAGUGUUUGUGUUGGGUUCACGUUCAGCGAGGACGGCGUCGCUGUGGGGUUUCUUCUUCAUCGUGGACGCAGACAAGUAGAAUCUCACCGGGAUAACGUGAGCGUGUGGACGAUCCAGCCUCAGCGGGACUGAAAAAAAAGAAAAAAGGCUUCUGCUGAACUGCUGAGCUGGUCCGGAUGAGACAGAGAUGAAGAGAGAUGGAUGAUGUAACCACAUUAUCUUCCCUAUGCUGCUCAUUACUCUUGGUGCCAACCGAAUAAGCCUUCACACACACACACAGACACACACACCUCAUAUAGAAAAACAACAGAGCCAGGAUCACCAGGAAGGACUGUUCUGCCGGCGUACUGCGAACCCUAACACACAUUAACCGCACAGCGGUGUGGACAAAGAGAUAGUUUAACACCCUGAUUAUUGUAGCCAUGACACAGGGGCAGUUUGUGAGCCCACGCCGACAAUCACGAGCAGCACUUCCGAUGGGACAACUUAGAAGGUGAUCGUUAUUGGACUGAAACUGUUCAGAGAACUGAUGCUUUUAUAGUUGUUAACUUUUUUCCCCCACAUGCCCCGAUUAAAAUAACGUGUUAAUUAAAAAUACAUUUUUACUUCACCGUGAGGUUCACACAGUCUGCCGUCAAAGUGCAUCCGGGCCUCAAGUGUCUUUUACAGUUAACAGCCGUGCCUGUGGGCUCGGAGCAGAGCGCUGCACGGCCCUUCGUGUGAAUCUGACUCGUUAUUCCUACUUGUCCUGCCGGUCGACGUUAGAUUGUCUGAAAGCGACGGGCUGACGGUGUUUUACAGUGUUUUAAUGUGGAGGACGUACAGUCCUUUCUCUCAGACUGUCUGGCUUUUGCAUGCAGUGUUUUUAAACUCAUUAAAACAAAUGCCAAAAAUAAA